UUGAUCGUCUGCGUGUCUCUGUACUGUGUGGGUGAAUUCGAACUCUACGAGUGUUAUGUGUACAGCGUAUAUCAUUAGUCGCGUGCCGUGCUAAAUACAGACGCGUGUCUGCAGCUUUUUUUUUGUACUUUGUAUGCACAAUUAACGGCCUUUACAUCGUGCAUUCUCGAGCGACCAGGCAUCAAGUACGGACGGCCUGCUGUCAGCUCUCUUUUCAUUUUUUAACAUUAGUUGUAAAUUAUAUCUACAAGUAUUUCCAAAGCUUGAUUCCUCUUUAUUUUCUUGGAUUAAUCACUACCACCAUGCAACCAAAGGAACAUAUAGCACUGAUCAUGGAACAACUGCACAAGACACUUUUACUAAGAGCAAAGCACUGCUAUACACGACAGCUCGUGUCUCCAGCGAAGCGAUGUGAUUUUUGCAAGAAAUCAAUGUUUGUAAUGACUCUACGCUGUAAGGAUUGCAGAGUAAGAUGUCAUCGUCGCUGUGCACAACAAGCAGCCAAGCUCUGCGAACUCGCCGCUAAACACACGUUUAUAGCGACAGGUCCAGAGAGUAGGAACAGUGUACCAACUUGCCACGCAGCACUGGAAGCAACUCGAAGACAUCAAUCAGUUAACUCGACCCCUCUACAGUCUAAUCGCAGGAAGAGUUCAACUGAUUCCUUCCGAGAAAUCGAGUCCCACCAGUCCACAUUCAGCGUAAGACGUUCUACCGCCCGUCAACGCCUCAGUACCACUGACAGUGUCCACAAGGAAUACUCCCUUGGACAUGUCUCAAGGUCAACGCUAUCAUCCCAUUCUUCAAACAGGUCUUCGGUAUCCGGAUACUACUCGCUUGAAUCCGAUGUAGGCCUUCUCUCCGAAUGCGACACACCAAAAGAGAUCAGUGUUUUUGAUAGUUUGGGCCCGGAUGAGGUCACGUUACCAAACCCUUCCUUGAUCUCUCGCGCUCGCAGACACGAAGCAUGGGUAUCCACCAAGCCCUCACCUGGAUCAACAUCAAUGGAUUGUCCAGCCCAUGGUAACUGCGAGUCUGGAUUCGAGACUAACACAAUCGUGUCACAGGGUGGAGGUUCACUCGUUGCGACUUGGCCCCUGGACCGGAAAUGCAUCCUUUGUUCCCACAUUCCAGAAAAUAAUUGCAACUCUAAUGAUGAGAUAGUAUCAGAUGAAAGUUGUUCCCUUCAUUACGAAGCUCGCAAAGAAGGCCUUAGUGAAUGGACCAUACCACAUGACAACCUAAAGUACGGCAGAUGCAUAGAAAGAGGCAAAUUAGGAAGCACAUUCAAGGGCCAUUGGCAUGGUGAGGUCCUGAUACAGACGAGGAAUUCUAAUUCGACCGACAUCAAUGAUUUCUUGGACGAAGUCGACGUAUUAAGUAAGAUACGACAUGAAAACAUUGCUCUCUUUAUGGGCGCCUGCGUAGAACCUGGUCAUCUGGCAGUCGUCAACAGCAUACACAAGGGCCCAUCUCUCUAUCAUCAUCUUCAUGUUCAACGAAGAAAGAUCUCAUUUAACAUACCAAAGAUCGCCCGUCAGAUCGGCCAGGCUAUGGGUUACCUUCAUGCUAAGGGAAUCAUCGUUGGACAUCUAUCAUCCAGAUGCGUCUAUCUCGAGUCAAAGGUCAAACUUUCGAUCACAAGGGUCGAUACCAGUGACGUCACAUGUCAAAGAUCCAAUCACGCAUGUCUACCGAGGGGAAAGCUGAAUUAUCUUGCCCCUGAACUCCUGGGUACUGCUCGUGUAAUUCCACCCGAACUUAUCACUCGCACAGAACAGACACAUAGCACUGACGUCUAUGCUUUCGGAACAAUCCUAUUCGAGAUAAUAGCUGGUCGAUGGCCUCUGCAAUACGCAUGCUCAGAAAGCGUCAUCUACCAGAUAUGUUCAGGGAAACGAGACGACUUCAGAAAGGUCUCGUGUUCAUCAAGCAUCAAGAAUCUUAUUCAGGAAUGUUGGUCACAUGACCCAUGUGAGAGGCCGUCAUUCCAGCACAUUGUCAAGGAACUAAAGAAAAACGUUUCCCUAGGUAACAUGAAACACAGUUUAUCCGAGCCGGAUAACCUCAACCGACUUGGAACCGGACUAUUUCGAUGAGCAACUAAAUAAGAAUAGGACGUAAUGAAAACCGAGAACUAGCCAUUACAAUUAACCGAACCAUUGUACAUGUUGGAAGUAACCAUGCCAACCGAAUCGGCUUGCUGCUCGCGCACAAGUCGGUUUGAUA